ACGGUCUUACUAAAUAAACCGGCGUAAACAAAGCGAUUGAAAUUGGUUAAGUUAAUUAAAUUUAAUAAAAAGGAUGAAGCAAAAGGAUCUGAAGCGUGCCUAUAAUAAUGUCCUGGCGCAGGCUAUAUCCACCUCGCACCAGCACCUCUUUGCAGGCAAUCUGUUUGGUGAUAUCUUCGUGCUCAGGAUUAAGGAACUGGACAAAGGUUCCGAGGAGCCGCCUGGCAAACUGCAGAUCUUCCCGCAGGGCGGCGAUGUGGACAUCAAUUACCUGGCCUUCCAUCGCGAUUUCCUGAUAGUCGGUGCAGUGGGUCUGAUUUACGGAUUGCAAUGGAACGAGGAGGAGGAAUCGCUGGCCACCAAACGCUCCUGGGAGGUGAAAAUACCCAUGCAGGUGGAUGCCGUCGAGGUGCCGGAUGUGAACUCCAUGUGGCUGGACUCGGAAAACAGCCUCCUGUUCGCCGGCUGCGGCGAUGGAGUGAUCUACCAAGUGAGCUUGGAGGAUGGACGCGUCCAGCGGGAGUACCGUGGUCACACGGACUAUGUGCACAGUGUGGUGGGCAAUUCCAAAGGACAGAUCUUCUCCGGCGCCGAGGAUGGCACCGUGCGCGUGUGGAGCACCAAGCAGCAGGAGCAAACUGCAAUGCUGGAGCCGCACAAGAACCCCAAGCUUUUGCGACCGGAUUGGGGCAAAUGGAUAGGAGCAGUGGCCGUGAACGAGGAUUGGCUGCUCUGCGGCGGUGGACCCAAGGCCGCCCUUUACCAUCUGCGAUCCCUGGAAUGCACCCGCGUCUUUGACUUUCCGGGUCGCGUGCAUCUGUGCGAUUUUGUGGACGACUGCGUCCUCAUCGGCGGAGAGCACAAUCAUGUGCAGUCCUACACUUUAAGCGGAGCCCUGCAGGCCAAUAUUCCCGUGGAGCACACAGCCUGCUACUCCGCCGUUUGGCAAACAUCGCCCAUUAAACUCAUGUCCAUUGCUGGCUUCAGCAACAAGCUGCACAUCCUCAAGGACUUUCGCUUCCUAGACAGCAAGAUUGAUCUGUACGGCAAUGUGCAGGGGGAUGAAAACGAUCCGGAGGAGGACGAGGAACUGAUCGAGGAACCCCUGACAAUUGAAGCGGCCUGA